CGGGGCCUGCGGCGCGGCCGGGAGGCGAGAGGGCGCGGCGGCAGAUAAGGAAACUAAGGCACAGCCAAAUCGAGGAGCUUGCCCCUGGUCACACCUGACCAAGAGUUAAACUUCGGAAUGUGCACGUGAUGAUGGAGAAUAAGGAUUUGGAAGCUGAAAUCCACCCCUUGAGGAAUGAGGCUAGGAAAUCACAGGAGAACCUGGAAAACCAAGUUGAAAAGGAAGAAACUUUUAGAAAAAGCACGCCUCCACAGUCCCGGCUCUCGCGAUGCCGAACCGUGGCCUUUUUUCUCUCGUUGUUUGUCUGCCUCUUGGUGAUAUUUAUCAUCUCGUUCAUCAUCCCGUGUCCAGAGCGGCCUGUGUCGCAGCGGAUGUGGAGGGUUGAUUACAACACGGCAGUCGCCUUGAACUUCCUGGCCAUGGAGGACGUAAAUAGGGACAGGAUCCAAGACGUGCUUUUCCUUUAUAAAAACAUCAACAGCAGCGACAGUUCUAACCGGUCCUGUGCCAGCGAAGGCUUCUCCACUCCCUGCACCAUCGCGGCCGCCGUGUCGGGGGCCAGUGGCAGCUUGCUCUGGGAGAGGGCUGUGGCCCAGGAUGUGGCCCUUGUGGAGUGCUCUGUCCCACAGCUGGAGGGGAGUGGGGCGUCUCCCACCUGCGUCCUCGUGGACGUGUCGGGUGCUUUCACUGCCCUCGAUCCGCUCACAGGGGACACCCUGUGGAGCCGCCCGAGCCGCCCUGGGACGAACGUCUCCGUGCUGGGCCCAGUGCUGCGGGUGCCCGACGGCGACGGCGACGGGACCCCGGACCUGCUGGUGCUCACCAGGGAGGAGGAGGAGGUCGGCGUCCACCUCUACUCGGGCAGCUCCGGGCUCCAGAUCGGCCGCCGGGGCAGCCUCGGGUGCAAGGGCACGGGCGGCCCCCUCCUCCACGUCACCAGGACGGGCGCCCACUACCUGCUCGUCCCCUGUGCAAGUGCCCUGUGUGGCCGCUCCGUGAAGCGCCUCUACGAGGAGGUGACAGGAAGACCGAACCUGCUGAAGACGGACCCCGUCUGGGAGCGCAGGGUCAACACCAGUGCCCCCAGGAUGCCCCUGCAUAGCUCCGGAACCAUCCGGUUCCUGAUGAGUGUUCCUGGGAAGACGGGCGAGGACGUGCUUCUCGUGGGCUCUGAGGCCUGCGUGCUGCUGGACAGGCAGGAGCUGACGCCCACCUGGGCCUUCGGCGCCACCCAGGUUCUGAGAAAACCCACCCUUGGUCACUUCACUCCGGACGCAGGGGCAGUGGCCAUCGAGAACGGAACCGGCAUCGACAGACAGAUCUGGCUGCUGGACCUCGGCACUGGGGCCGCACUGUGGAGCCAGCCCCUCCCGGGCCUCCCUGGGGGCCCCCCGUCCACCAGCCUGCUGACCGCAGACCACCGCUCAGCCUUCUUCUUCUGGGGCCUCCACGACGGCGAGAACCAGACGGAGGCCAGGGGCGCCCGGCACCGGCUCUACAUGUUCCACCCCACCCUGCCCCACGUCCUCCUGGAGCUGACCAACGUCUCUGCCAACGUUGUCGCCUUCGACAUGGUCCUGUUUGAGCACAGCCGCCACGCCGCCUGCAUCCUCCUGACCGGCCCGGUGGGCCCUGAGGUGCCCGGCCUGGUCUCCCUGACCAAGCAGAAGGUGAAGGACCUCAUCCUGGGCAGCCGGGUGCUCCGCCUGGGCACGGGCGGGUCAGACAGCGACCAGGCCGUCCGGGACCGGUUCUCCCGGCUGCGGUACCUGAGCGGAGCGUGACGCGCCCGGCGGCGAGCGAUUCAACGGAGGACGCGCAGCCCACCCCCAGGCUGAGCCCCCCUCUCCCGCAGAGCCGCGCCAGGGGCUGUGCCCAGGCCCCUCUGUCCUCUCCUGGAGCGGUGGUGGGGGAGGGGUCCCGGGACCCCGAGAUGCGCCCUCACGGGGCCUCACCUGCCCCCGGUUCAUUUCCAAGUCCAGGGCUGGCGCCGAGCAGUCCCCCAGCCCUUCAGCGCCCCUGCUUCGCCAGCGUCUCCCCAGGCUUGGGGGCAGAGCCCCAGGGUCCCAGGCCUGUCUGCAGAAGCCCCAUCUGCACCAGCCUCCUGGGACCCCCACCCUCCUUGCACCUGGCACCCAGGCCCCGGCGUGUCCUGAGGCUGCUCCAGCCCCCCUGCCCUGCCCAGUGCUGACUGCCCCGAGCCCCUCUGACCCAGCCCCACACAGGAGGGGCUCUGGAGGAGGGUCUCCCUGACAGGCUGGGGGCUCCUAGCCCACUCACCAGUCCCCGUGGAGGGUUCACACCGUGUGCUGGCUGCUCGUGCCGUGGGUGUGCCAGUGACCAGGCCAGUUUG